CAACAAGGCACAGGGGAAGGACAGAUCACUGGUGCAGCAAGAGGUGCAGGCAUCAGUAGAGGAGAAGCGGGCCAGCAGGAUUGUUGGCAUGCAACAGCAGGGAGACUUGACAAGAUGGGAGCAUGCAGUUGACCGCAGAGUCUCAUGGGCAGAGCUGUGGAAGGCAGAGCCCCAUCGCAUAUGGUUCCUGAUCCAGGCUGUCUACGAUGUACUACCAAGCCCGUCCAACCUGUUCAGCUGGGUAUUGGUGGAGUUAACAGCCUGCAAACCUCUGCCUAAAGACCACAAGGGGGACCACAUCCUCAGCUGCUGUUCGAAGGCCCUGGACGAGGGGGGGGGGGCUAUCGCUGGCGCCAUGCCCAAGUCCUGAAGGCCAUAGCGAACACCAUCAGCUGUGGAAUUAGCCAAUGCAAGCACCUCCGCCCGGUGAAGAACACCCUUGCUUCCGUCUGUGCUGGAGAGAAGCCACCAUCAGCUGCUAGGGCUGCCUCAUCUGGCCUGCUAGCAACAGCACAAGACUGGGAGUUGAAAGUUGACCUGGGGAAGCAACUGAAAUUUCCAGAAACUGUCACCACCACAACAGUGCGGCCUGACAUGCUACUUAUCUCGGAGACCUCCAAGCAGAUCGUUCUCCUGGAACUCACCGUACCCUGGGACCGUAGCAAGGAGGCCAAUAAAAGGAAAAGGGCAAAAUACUCUGAACUAGUGGAGGAGUGCUGGAACAAUGGGUGACGAGUGCAGUGUGAGCCCAUUGAGGUGGGAUGCAGGGGGUACGCUGGCCACAACAACAGAGCCUACAACAUCUUGGGCAUCACAGGGGCCUGUAAGCGAAGGGCCAUCAAGGAGGUCACGGAGGCAGCAGAAGUUGCCUUCAGGUGGCUGUGGAUAAGGAGAACCAUGGGUGUGGUAGCGCUACCUGGACACAAGCCUGAUCAAACCCCAGCUAGGUCGGCUAGGGUAUGUUGAGUUGGACUGCAAUCCAUUCCCUCACUGUGUGAUUAAUCAGUUCCUCUCCACUGAAGAUUUUGUGUUCAACCUGGAGAAGGAGCUAUCUCAGCUAAACUUCCACAGCAAGAGUAAUGAUCUCUACAAAUUCACACAGUCUGCUGAUUUAAACGACAGGAUGGAGCCAUGUAUCACAGAGUUGAGGUUGGUGUUGUUAGGCCAAUUCCGCACCUGGUUAAGUGAGUUGUUGGAUGUGGAGCUAGAGCCAACUGUGGACAUUUUCUGUGCCAAAUAUCAACACACAGAUGUAUUAUUGUGUCAUGAUGACGAGUUAGAAGGCAGAAGAGUGGCCUUUAUUCUAUACUUGGUACCACCAUGGGAACUUUGUGAUGGUGGAACAUUAGAUCUGUUCUGCACUGAUGAACAUGGGCAGCCACAAUGUGUAGUGAAAUCUCUUGUCCCCAGCCGGAAUACACUGGUAUUCUUUGAAGUAUCUCCCGUGUCAUUUCAUCAGGUUUCAGAAGUCUUGUCAUCCGAAAAGUGCCGUAUGUCCUUGAGUGGCUGGUUUCAUGGACCCUCUCUUCCAAGAUUUCCUCAGUACAUUGAACCUCCUGCCCUUCGUCACAAAUAUACCCCGGGUGAUGAGAAAAUGCUGCAUAAGUGGAUCAAUCAGGAAUACAUGAAAGAUCGUUACCAGAUUCAAGUCCAGCAGGAAUUUCAGGAGAACUCAGAGAUUUGUUUAUCAAACUUUUUACAGAAGGAGAAGUUUCAAGAAGUAAGAGCUGCUCUGCAGUUAGCUGAGAUUCAGUGGCUGACAAAAGGUCCAGCUAACAAGAGGCACUAUGAAUAUGCUGAAUUGUGCUCGCUGCCUCAGUGUGUACAAGAGUGUUGGAAGCUGUUCUCUUCUGAGGAUUUCUACCUGCUGCUGUCUAACCUCAGUGGAUUAAAACUACAUCCACUGGCCAAAGACAAUGACAGUAGUGAUGAUUCAGAAGAUGAUGAGGAAGGAACUGCGGGAAGACAAGAUUGUGAGGACAAGAAAGGACUAAAGAGGAGUACAGAUGGAACCUCGGCAGCCUGUGUAGGUGAAGUAAGGAGAUGGAGACAUGGCUCAUACACCCUACUUCAUGACUCUGAGAGUAGCAGGGAGUUUGGGCUGGACCUGCUUCUCACCCUUGGAUGCUUUGGCUGGCAGCAGGAUUCGGGGGGUUUCACUUCCUACAUUGCUCAUGGAGAAGAUGAGGAGCUCUUGACAGUGAUUCCUGAGGACAACUCUCUGGCAUUGGUCUACAGGGACACAGAUACUCUGAAGUUUGUCAAAUAUGUUAAUGACAGAAGCUCUUCCCACAACCACCAGGAGCCACCAGGAACGUUUUAUGACUUCUCAUUUGUUUAUUAUGAGUAAAUAUGAUGUUGAAAUAAUGGUUUGAAAUGUUGCUCAUUUCAAGUAGUAAUGGUCAACUAGUGAGGUAUAAAAUGUCUGGACUUUGUACUCGCAAACAUCCUCCAUUCUGUAUCUCCCAUACUGUUUGCCCUUAGUCAAAGCAGAUAUAAAGUUGUUUAAUGUAAUGUAUGUCCAGUUCAAACUGAAGUAGCCAUACUGCAUUUAGUGCUUUGAACUCAGACACCACUUUGCCACAUUGUAAUGUUGUACAUAAAAGCAGUCCCCUAUUCCAUUUACAAAUUAGUAUGGGUUUUUCCUCUUUUCUGUGUGCUAAUCAUGGCCAUUGUCAAGUCCAGUUUUCAUUGUUGAUUCUAAUUUUAUGUAUUUCUCUACAGACAUUCUCUAAUAUGAAUGGCCAUUAUUAUAAACUCAAUCAGAAAUUUGAAUUUGAAGAUUCCAAAGGGCUCAACCAUCCCAAACAAUCCAGUAGUGACAUAUCGUAGGUCUUGUAAUGGACCAGGUUGCUAUAGCUUUUAAUUUUUUCAAAAUGUUUUCAAUUGGGCUUGUCCGCAAACACCACCGCGGCCAUAUUGUUAACAUUACAUUCCAGUUCUAUAGGCUACAGUCUAUGUGACAGUCACCUGCAGCGCGUAGAUUUGAGCUGAGCAGAGCACAGUAGCCACAGUAACAGCUCCAUCUUGUCAAUAUCAAAAGAAGAUUAAUUUAAUCGUUGUGGACCCAUAUCUAAUAGACUUAAUAGCAUUAAGAUAAAGAUCCGUCAUUAUUGUCAGCUGUAACUUACCCCGAUAUUUAUAGCCUAACUGCUUUGUUCAUACAUCGACACACGUCGCAGGAGCUGAAGUUCAAGUCGCUUGAGUUAAGGUCGGCGAACUUCUUAUAUAUGUUCCACCAAUGACAUCGUCUAACAUUGCCAUGAUCUUUGAGAAUAAAGCUGCAUCUCAUUGGACUGCAACUGUAUCUUGCGUUUCCCUGUUGCUCACAACCUGCAGCCAAGGACUUUGCUUAAGUAGUUUAAAGUGGGUUAGCCAGUGAUCAUUCCUGUCUGAUAACUUCUACAGGAGGAACUGCAACUAUGGUCUGGAUCCGAGGCAGAGUUUGUUCCUACUAUUUGCCACUUGCCGUGCAUAGCCUAAAACGAGCUGAGAAGGGCACACCACCAAUAAAUAUAAAACCUAACGUGGCCUACCUAGCAAUGCUAUCUAUGCAAAUACAAAAUGUCCAAAGGUAAUCUAUGGUAUGCGACUACAUCAGACUACUGCGUAUGUCUCAUAUCUCAUCUCGGCUUGGCCCCUGCACUUAGAAA